AUGGAGCUCUCCCGCCGGGCCUUCAGGAAGCCUACAGAUCUCCAGAACCUGGCUCCAGGGACUCACCCCCCCUUUAUCACAUUUAACAGUGAAGUCAAAACAGAUGUGAACAAGAUCGAAGAGUUUCUUGAAGAAGUCCUUUGCCCACCCAAGUACUCGAAGCUUUCCCCGAAACACCCUGAAUCAAAUACUGCUGGAAUGGACAUAUUUGCCAAAUUUUCGGCAUUUAUCAAGAAUCCCAGGGCAGAAGCUAAUGAAGCCUUGGAGCGAGGCCUUUUGAAAACUCUGCAGAAGCUGGAUGACUACCUGAACGCUCCUCUCCCUGACGAGAUCGACGAGAACAGCAUGGAGGACGUCUUGGUUUCCAACCGCAAGUUUCUUGACGGUGACGAGAUGACUCUAGCAGAUUGCAACCUGUUGCCGAAGCUACAUAUUGUUAAAGUUGUGGCCAAAAAGUAUCGCAACUUCGAUAUUCCCAAGUCCAUGACAGGGAUAUGGAGGUACCUGACCAACGCCUACAGCCGUGAUGAGUUUACC